AAAGCAUCCUUUCUCAAACACAAAUUGUUCCAUUGUAUACAGUUUUGAGUUUUUAUACAGCUUAUCAAUGGCAUCGCCAAGGGCCAACCAGAUAUCCUGAGAGCACGGCAGUAUUAUGGAAGAGUUUGUACCUACUUCAAAGUGGUCAAAUAAUUCAAAUGCUCACAAUCUUCUGGUUAAGCUUCCUGCUUUCAAACUCGAGAACGUGAGGAUUGUGUUUGAUAACACUGGCCACAUAAACAUCAGUGGCGAGAGGCAAGUUCAUAGUGAUAAGACAAUAUACUUCGAUCAAAGUUUUGAACUGCCAGAGAAUUCAGACAUGGAUAACAUUACAGCAGAAUUUCAAAACGAAAUUCUAUAUGUGACUGUUCCUAAACAAGCACAAAACCAACUAGUUAGUGAUGAAGAUGAAAAUGGUAUAAAUCAACUAGAACACAGCAGCCAUGAAUAUUCCAGUGACGAAGAACAGUAUGAUGCAAGUGAGAAGAACAAAAGGAAUGAGAAUAACAAAAGGAACUAUGUAGAUAGUUUCAGAGAGGAGCUUUUAAAGAAAUGGGAAGAGGAAGCUGGUUCUGGAAUGGAGACAACAUUGGAGUUGAUCAAGAAUAACGCCAUUGUUGCCGCGGCUGUAUUGGCAUUUUCACUUGGAGUCCUAGUGGCUUGGAGGUUCUAAUCCGACGAACCCUACUGAAAUUCCAGACAUAAAAAUUGUGCACAAAAUAUACAAUGAUUUAAUUAUGGUUUUGUAAAGAAUAUG